ACGGAUCGCUUCUCAUACUCCGGAGCAGCGUGGUAAACACUCUCGGGUCUGAAGCUCCGCAGCUCCGGCUCUCUCUGCAGCUCCAACCCGACCUGCGGCUCCACAGGGCCGGGGACAUGAGCUCCACCUGCGGCCCGUACACUUCACCGUGAGCGGGAUCCGUUUACCCGACACUCAGGACACCGCGCCCCGGUGUUUACAGCUCGGUGUCGGACCCCCCACCCUCCCUUCACCGGGACCAUGGCGGAGAGAAGUGGCCGGCUGAGUUUCGCCGGCAGCGGGGCUCUCAACAGACCGGUGCCCAUGAACCUGUUCGCCACUUGGGAGAUCGACGGCUCCUCCCCGAACUGCGUCCCCAGGCUGUGCACGUUGACUCUGAAGAAGCUGGUGGUGAUGAGAGAGAUCGACAAGGAGCUCAUCUCUGUGGUGAUCGCCGUGAAAAUACAGGGCUCGAAGCGGAUCCUGCGGUCCCAUGAGAUCGUACUGCCCCCCGGAGGAUCCGUGGAGACCGACCUCGCUCUCACCUUCUCUCUGCAGUACCCUCACUUCCUGAAGCGGGAGGGCAACAAGCUGCAGAUCCUGCUGCAGAGGAGGAAGAGGUACAAGAACAGAACCAUCCUGGGGUACAAGACCCUCGCGGGGGGGUCCAUCGACAUGGCAGAGGUGAUGCAGCACCCCCCAGAGGGAGGCCAGGUUCUCCCCCUCUGCUCCCACCAGAAGGAGCUGCAGGGGAAGGUGGCUGAGAUCUGGAUCUUCUCUCUGAGCAGCCAGCCCAUCGACCACGAGGACGUGGCGCUCAGCGAGGGACCCAAGAUCAAAUGCUCAGAUAACUACUCAGAGGAAGAGUACGAGAGCUUCUCCUCGGAGCAGGAGGCCAGUGACGACGCCGUGCAGGGACAGGAUCUGGAGGAUGACGAGUACGACGUGAGGAAGCCGAAGAAGCAGAGGAGGUCCAUCGUGAGGACGCCGUCCAUCACCAGACAGCAGAACUUUAAGCAGAGAGUCGUCGCCCUGCUGAAGCGCUUCAGAGUCUCAGACGAGGUGCUGGACUCGGAGCAGGACCCUGCGGAGCCCCCGCCCGAGGUGGAGGAGGAGGAUCUGGAUCUGGACAGCGUGGAGUUUGAGAACCCGAGCGACAGCGGGCCGGAGCUGGACGACGACGACAGCGUCCUGAGCACGCCCAAACCCAAACUCAAGCCAUAUUUCGAGGGUGUGUCUCUCUCCAGCUCUCAGACAGAGAUCGGCAGCCUCCACAGCGUCCGGAGCCACCGGGAGCCCCCGAGCCCGAUUGACACAGAUAAAACAAAGAGCGCCGGGCCCAAGUUUCCAGAAGACAACAUCUCGGAUAUCGUCUCCUUUGAUCAGCCGGAGGCGGUGACCCCCACCACGGAGCUGGAGAUGGACAACAUGGACACGUUUCUGGAGAGACUGCCUCCCAUCGGCAAGAUGACGAAGACAGAGUCUCUAAUAAUCUCUUCCAACAGGCAGGAGCCGAAGUUGGCGGGUCGUAGAGGUCGCAGUACCUCCCUGAAGGAGCGUCAGCCGAGCCGACCGCAGAACGAGAGAGCCAACAGCCUGGACAACGAGCGCUCUCUGGACACACGCUGCCACCUGCAGAUCCCCAGGAAGACGGUGUACGAUCAGCUGAAUCACAUCCUGGUCUCUGAUAACCAGCUCCCCGACAGCAUCAUCCUCAUUAACACCUCAGACUGGCAGGGCCAGUAUCUGUCCGACCUGCUGCAGAACCAGCAGCUCCCGGUGGUCUGCACCUGCACCACGGCCGACAUCCAGGCUGCGUUCAACACCAUCGUGUCCCGCAUCCAGAGAUUCUGUAACUGUAACUCUCAGACGCCGGUCCCCAUAAAGAUCGCGGUGGCCGGAGCGCAGCAUUACCUGAGCGCCGUGCUGAGGCUGUUCGUGGACCAUCUCUCCCACAAGACCCCCGACUGGCUCGGAUACAUGAGGUUCCUCAUCAUACCGCUGGGUGCACAUCCGGUCUCCAAAUAUCUCGGCACGAUCGACUAUCGAUACAACAGCUUGUUUCAGGACGCGGCGUGGAGAGACCUGUUCCACAAACCGGAGGCUCCUGUUGUCGCUCAGGAGAACCUGGACGUGGUGUCGAGGGUCACCCAGUACAUGGUGGGAGCCAACGGAGCCCACCAGCUGCCCAUCGCUGAGGCCAUGCUCACCUACAAACAGAAGAGGAAAAAGAGCUUUCAUUUUGAUUUUGCAGUAAGCCCGGACGAGGACUCGUGUCAGAAAUUCAUCCCAUUUAUCGGAAUGGUGAAAGUCGGCCUCGUGGAGCAAACCUCUGCAGCCUCAGGAGACUCUGAUGACGCGACUCCCCUCGGCUCCAUGCUGCUCUCCCCCCCUCCACAGGUGUCCCCCGCCCUCAAAGAGGCGUCGCCCACCCCUCCCUCCUCACCCUCCGUCACCAGCAGCUUCUGUGCUUACAGCUCUGCAGGUGGGGUGGAGCUGAUGGGGCUGCAGGUGGAUUACUGGCAGGCUCCAACGGAGAGGAAGAAGGACGUGGAGAAGCGGGAUUCUUCCUCCAAAAAUACGCUGAAGUGCAAUUUCCGCUCGCUGCAGGUCAGCCGGCUGCCGGUGGGGGGGGCAGAGCCGAACCCUCAACCCACCAUGAGUAUGACGGUGGUGACCAAGGAGAAGAACAAGAAGGUCAUGUUCCUGCCAAAAAAGAGCAAAGACAAGGAGGUGGAGUCCAAGAGUCAGGUGAUCGAGGGAAUCAGCCGCCUCAUCUGCACUGCCAAGCACCAGCAGACCAUGCUGAGGGUCCUGAUAGACGGCGUGGAGUGGAACGACGUGAAGUUUUUCCAGCUGGCGGCGCAGUGGUCGUCCCACGUGAAGCACUUCCCCAUCGGGAUCUUUGGACACACCAAGGGCCCCUACUAGAGACUGAGACCCCCUUUAACCCCCUCCUCACACUUCUUUAUUCUGAAUCUUAAUUUAAGCAUUUUUAUUUAAUCAUUUGCGUGUUUUUUUAAUUUUAUAUUUAUCUAAAAAACGUCUCGAGGCAACGCCGCCGAGGGUAUAUUUCUUUACUCCGCUUUUUAAAUGAGAAUAAAUUAUUCUGCUGAUGUUUUAUAGGAACACAAUCAUCAGUAAUUCAUAAUCAGAAGUAUUAUUUUUAACAUACUGAGCCCAGGUUUCACCAUCUGCCAUUGUUUUGAUUUGGUUGUGCUGGUUUUAAUCACUAGGCCGCCACGUUUAAUCAAGAUUGUAAUAUAUGUUAAAAAAAAAAAUACAAGAGCAGCUGCCUUGUGAUGAAGUGGAAGACGUUCAUCUGGAAUACAUUUGGGAAUUUCAACUUCGAUUCUUAACCCUGAAGAGGAAAACACUUCGGCACUAAAUGAAGAUUAUGUGCAAUACACUGAAAACUGUGUGUGUGAAUAGCAACAUGCACUGGUUGAAGAUUACACACUGAUUGUAAACUCUUACUUAACUUCUGACGUUAAUUGGCUUGAGUUUGGCUCCAAAGUGGGACAUGAAAACAAAACGAAAGAAAACAUUGAUAGCACAAAAUGAACUGCUUUUCGACGAUAGUGCGGACUGAUAUUUCGGGGAAUUUGCUUUGUUUCCAAAAGUUAGAUGAGAAAAUGGAUACAGCUAGUUAGCACAAAGACUGGAAACACAAACGGUGACAUGCGUUAUCUUUUUUGUGUUAUCUGUACAAAAACUGAAGAGUAAAAGAAAUCCAAGGAGUGGUUUUAUGGUGGGGCUUACACACAAUACUCCAGCACAUGACCCCCAUGCACUCACUACACAAAGAAAUGUCGAUAAAUGUUCCCCCAGUCUUUAUGCUAAGCUAAGCUACUGACAAACAGCUAUCCUGACAUGUUAUACCUUCUUUGUUUAGAUGUGUAUAAAAAAAGCGUGCAAUAAUUAUAAGAGGUGGUUUAACAAAGAGCCAUGCUAGCUGUUUCCCUCCAUCUCCAGUCUUUAUGCUAGGCUAAGCUGCUGAGAGACUAUCCUAGCUAGCCUGGCUCUGAUCUUAAAAAAUAUCCACCUACCAGCAUCAGUAAGACUCACUGAUUAACAAGUUAUAUUUCCUUUAGUUUAAUUUGUACAUAAAACGUAUUUCAAAUGUAAAGAGGUAGUUUUACACAGAGCCAUGCUAGCUGUUUCCCUCCAUUCUCAGUCUUUGCGCUAAGCUAAGCUAACCAGUUGCUAGCUGUAGCUGCACGUUCUCAUCUGACUCUCAUUAAAGAAAUACUUCACCAACAAAAGGAUCAUUUAUAUGUCAGUAACUCACCCUGCUAUCUUGAAUUCUUGGAGAAAAUGUUGUUUUUUCUGUAGUAAAUGUAUGCCCCGUUUGUAACAACAAAAAGGGGUUUUAAGUCAAAGUCAACUUUAUUGUCAAUAUUCUGUAUACAGACAGGGAAAUCAAAAUGCUGUUUCUCACAAUCCCGAGGAAUCAAAUUAAAAUAUAUAAAAGUUAUAUACACAUACAUACAGUACACACCUGUACCCCUACUUGUAUAUAAUCAUUAAAUGGAUGGUACAUAGUUUUCCUGUCUUCAAAGCAGUGUUACUUGAGAAUCCAACGAUGAUACAUUCAUUUACACCGUGCUUUUUCUUAAUACUCUAAGAUGCUUUACAAUAGAAAAGCAUUUAAUUAAAGCAUGCAAACAUACAUGCAAAAAAACAGGACGAGUGUUACGCAAAUGAUCAUUUUGUGGGUGAAGUAUUCCUUUUACAAAGCCAAACGUAUUGUUUCAUUACCCAACAUGUCUGUAAUCUUGGUUCAUAUGCAGUAUUUCUUCUGUAUUCUGCAAACAGUGUGUGCUUAUUUCUCCCACACUCCUCUGACACACUCCAUAUCUCUUUAGCUAAAAGCUCAUGUUUAUUUUUGCCAAAGGAAGUCUGCAGCUCACUCAUUACCUGUGGUAUUAUAGAUCAUAAUGUAGAGGUGAAUGUAUUGAAGGUACCUUAAUGUAAAGCACUUUUAAAUGUUUGUUGAUCAGUGUGUUUUAAUUCUGAGCAGCACAAGCAGCGGACACACGGCAUAUUUUGUAUAUGCAGAGUAGCCCUGCAUCUCCUCCCUGUAAUAUCACUUUAGGCAGUGUGACGCCUCCCUGGUAACGUUUGAGAUCUCAGUUUGGUAUUCUGCAAGCUGUGUUAACAUUUCAAUGUCGGUAGUUUUUUUUGGCUUUCAUCAUAACCUUUUGCCAAUUUCUUAAUAAGUGCCUAAAUUGCUUAAUUUUGACAAAUCAACAUAAAUAUAAAUGUGUCCCUCGCUCACAUGGUGCUGAUUUUGGUCCGGAACAGCAAAUUCCUAUUGAUUUUGCAUUAUAAUGUUGAAAAGAGCAAAGAGAGGUUCUCAAAUAUGGGUUUUAAUCAGUGAAAUGAACCCGUUAGCCCGUCAAUGCUGAGCAGACAUUUGUUUUAGAGGGGUUUUCUUAUGUUGUCUCAGAGAAAGGCUUGUUGAAAAUAAAAGUUCCCUAACACUGUAAUCCCAAAACUUGGAGUAAUAAAACUACUAUACACACUAAAAUGUA